GUUGGCAGUGGGUUUCGUAUCUCUGGGUUUUAAGGUGUCGGCCGCCGGCGCCAUGGUGUCAAGGGUACAGCUGCCGCCUGAGAUCCAGCUGGCGCAGCGCCUGGCGGGGAACGAGCAGGUGACCCGCGACCGCGCAGUGAGGAAGCUCCGGAAAUACAUCGUCGCCAGGACGCAGCGGCCUGCAGGUGGUUUCACUCACGACGAGCUGCUGAAGGUGUGGAAAGGUCUGUUUUAUUGCAUGUGGAUGCAGGACAAGCCACUGCUCCAGGAGGACCUAGGAAAGACAAUUUCCCAGCUCAUCCACGCUUUCCAGACCACAGAGACACAGCACCUGUUCCUUCGGACGUUCUGGCAAACCAUGAGCCGUGAGUGGACGGGCAUAGACAGACUACGCCUGGACAAGUUCUACAUGCUCAUGCGUAUGGUCCUGAAUGAGUCCUUGAAGGUCGUGAAGAUGCAUGGCUGGGAAGAAAGACAGAUUGAGCAGCUGCUGGAGCUGCUCAUGACUGAGAUCCUGCACCCCAGCAGCCAGGUCCCGCAUGGGGUGAAGAGCCACUUCAUCGAGAUCUUCCUGGAGGAGCUGACCAAAGUGGGUGCUGAAGAGCUGACAGCAGACCAGAACCUCAAAUUCAUCGAGCCCUUCUGUAGAAUUGCUGCCCAGACCAAGGAUUCCCGGGUUUUGCAUAACAUCACUCGAGGCAUCUUUGAAACAAUUGUGGAGCAGGCACCACUAGCUAUUGAAGACCUUAUGAAUGAACUGGAAGCACAAGAUGAGGAGACGGAUGGUGAUGGUGAGGCCUCAGAGCAGGACAGUGACGAUGAAUCCUUGGAGCAGAACGGCUCUAUUCACAGGGCUGAACCUGAGGCAUACCAGGAGCUAUCAGGAGAUGAUAGGGACGGUCCUGGCCCUGUCCUCCAGUUUGACUAUGAGGCAGUUGCUAACAGACUGUUCGCCGUGGCCAGUCAACAGAGCACCCCUUCUCUGAACAGGAAGCGUCUCUACAAAGUGAUCCGAAAGUUGCAGGACCUGGCAGGAGGUGUUUUUCCUGAGGAGGAGAUGCCGGAAGAAGCCUACAGGAAUCUCCUGCAAGGGCGGAGGGAGAGGAAGGUGAAGCGGCGUGUGCGCAGAUCACAGUUGCAGCGCAAGGAAGGGAAAAGUGAAAAGGAAGACUCGAGCCCCAGCCGGAGCUCAGGACCUGAGAGGAAGAGGAGGAGGGGCAUGGGGGCUGACCCCAAGGAAAAGCAGCCCAAGAGCCGUGGCCGGAGAGGAAUUCGUCAGAGGAGGAGGCAGCCUCGGCAACCAACCUGGGCCAGAACAAAGGCAGCUAAUGUCCAGGAGCCAGCCAAGAAAAAGAAAAGGAGCCUGGAAAGCGGGAAAUGACACAGCUGGGCCCAGGACAGGCAGAGAGGCUGUGCUCGCACUGCUGCUUCCUGUUGGCACCAAGGGGCAGGGUGAUGGGGCUGUUCCUGGGGAGUCAGUACCCGGGUCCUGCACUGACUGUCAGGAAGGAGGCAGGGACAGGCCUGGGAGGGUGGGUUCUGCGGUAGUUUUGGCAUCCUGGGAAAUGCUGCUUUCUCCAGAGAGCAACUGUGAAGACCCUGGAUCAGAUCAAAGUCCAAAGACUUGAAACUUCCCCUUGCACCAGGACUGGUCCCCUGUGCUGCAGGGUGUCCAUAAAAUAAAAUGCCGCACUGUCCUUUCCAGGAAAGUUGCUCCUGGCGUGUUUGUGCACAUGGGCUCCUGGUGGGAAAUGGCAGGUGCAGCCUCUGAGCAGC